AUGGAAGGUACAACCCAGGAAAUCGCCGGGAAGAACCCUUGCGGCGUCAAGCCCUUCUACUGGAAGAGGGGCAUUGAUCCUAAGGAAGGAAAGCGUCCUUCACUUAUUCCUAACAGGACGGAGACCGCGGAUGGCAUGGAUAUCACCUGGGAUGUUCCUGUCACCAUGCGUGAUGGAGUUAAAGUUUACGUCGAUGUCUUCCGUCCCGAAGGCGCAACCGGAAAGCUUCCUAUCAUCUUCACUUUCAGCCCAUACGGCAAGCACGGUCCCAAGACCUUCGACAUUUUCCCUGGUGCGGAUGUCCCUAAGGGAUGGAUUUCCAAGUAUACCGUCUGGGAGAGUGUUGAUCCUGUCCCGUGGACUAAGAAGGGUUAUGCGGUCAUCAACGGCGAUAGCCGAGGGUCCUGGGGAUCCGAGGGCGACUUGGAAAUUUUCAGUCAGCAGGAGAGCCGCGAUGGUCACGAUUGUAUUGAAUGGGCUGGCACCCUUCCUUGGUCAAACGGCAAGGUUGGAAUGAUUGGUGUCUCGUACCUUUCCAUCGUGCAGUGGGGUAUUGCUGCUGAGAACCCUCCCCAUCUGGCUGCAUUCGUUCCGUGGGAAGGUUUUACCGACUUCUAUCGUGACUACACGCACCAUGGUGGUAUUCCGGAGACCAAGUUCUUGCAUUUCACUCAGUGGUCCUGCCGUGCAGGUGUCAACAUGGUUGAGGAUCUGAUCGCCAAUAACAAGGCACACCCACUGCUUGAUGACUAUCACCGCUCGAAGUGCGUUCAAGAUCUCAGCAAGAUCACAACACCCGCCUAUGUUGUCGCGGACUGGGGUGACCACGGCAUGCACACUCGCGGUACCCUAAACGGAUACAUUGGUAUUAGCUCCAAGGACAAGUGGCUGGAAGUCCACGGCCGUAAGAAGUGGCGGUACUUCUUCGAGCCCGAGAGUGUUAGGCGCCAGGAAGCUUUCUUCCGGAAGUUCUUGAAGGGUGAGGCCAGCGAAAUUGACACUUACCCCAAGGUCCGCAUUGAGGUCCGCGAUCGUGCGUGGGUUGGAGAUUUCCGCGAUGAAAUCGAAUGGCCUCUCAGCCGCACCAAGUUUACCAAGAAAUACAUCGACUGUGCGGGUAAGCUCCUUGAUGUGUCCCCACAGGCCAUCACCACUACCACCUACGACUCAGAGGUGCAGGACAGUCAUGCGCACUUCUUUCUCGACUUUAACCGCAAGACCGAACUCACUGGCAGUAUGCGCCUGCGCCUGUGGGUUUCCACCGAUCUAGGUGAGGACAUGGAUAUUUUUGUCCAGCUGGACAAGAUCGACAGCCAAAAGAAGGUUGCUCCUUACGUUGCCUUCUCCAUGAUUGAUGACGGUCCAUUAGGACUCGGAUGGCUGCGCGUUAGCCAUCGUGGCCUUGACCUGGCCAAGUCCACUGUCGACCGGCCUUACCACAAGCAUGAUCGCCGCCUUCUUCUCCGUACCAAUGAGAUUGUGCCUAUUGAUAUUGAAAUUCUGCCAACCUCAACCCUCUUCCAUCCUGGUGAGAGUCUGAGAGUCAAAGUCCAAGGCAACGAUUCCUUCCGGCAUAGUACCCCCGAUGUUGUCCAGUUCCACGAGGACAGCGUUAACAAGGGGAGACACACCAUCUAUUCCGGAUCAGUGUACGAGUCUUACUUGGUUGUUCCAGUUGUCGAAUAA